UUAUAAACUGUCAUGUUUAUAAAAUAAUUUAAAUGUAACAAUAGUAUGGUAGAGACAGUAAAAAGUUCAAGAACGUAUGACCAGAUUGUUUUGCCAUCUAAUCUCUUGUGGAUUCUGUUGGCUUUUUUUCUUUACAUUGUAACUUUCGGAGUGAUUGGUACUCUGUUUUCAGUUUUAUAUGUUCUUCUAUUUAUAUCUGGGUUUGCUCUGGUGAUUGGAAAAUGGAGUAUAAAAAAAUCAAAACAUAUUCUUUCAUCAGAUGAUGUGCAGCUAUUCACGUUUAAAGAUAACUUCUGUGGUAUACCUUCAAUCUUUGAAAAAAUUAAUAAAGCUCCAAAUGACUACAAAUAUGACAAGCGUAUGACAGGUUCAAGUGGCAUCGAUGAUGUCAUUCAAGAGAUUUUACAAUAUUUUCUUCGCGAUUAUAUACAUAAUUGGUAUUUAUCCAUAACAGACGAUGAGCGAUUCUUAUAUGAACUGCGUCAAACCAUUCAACAUAUUGUUAUUAUGUUUGCAACUAGAUCAAAAGAGGUACAAUGGGUUCCAUUUUUGACCACUCGUUUAGUGGAUAUUUUUGCCACACAUUUGCGAAUUUUCAGAAUAACUAAAGAAAGAAUUGAGAGGAAAAACAACGCAACAAAUCUAUCAGUAGAUGAAACACUAGCUCAAGCUGAAAUAGACCUAGAAGAAAUAUUUUUUUCUGUUGAAAAUGAAGUUGAAGGUAUCAGCAGGCAAGCAGUAUGUCUUGAUGAUGAGAUUGAACAAAAGUAUUUGCAAGACGUGACAGAACUACUUCUUUAUUUAUUAUUACCCCCUGAACAGUUUCAAGAUAAGCUAGUUCGAGCUUUUCUUCUAGAAGUAAUAGCAACAAGUGUGUUCCUCCCUACCAUUAAAAUGGUCUGCGAUCCAGAUUAUGUGAAUCAAAAUAUAUCAUGGAUGUGUAACAAGGACACUACUUUUACUGUUGAAGCAUUUUUAACAACAAUCAGAUACAGUACUGAUAUUGAUGAUAUAGAAGAAACAAAAAAGAAAGUUGAUAUAGAAAUAGCAAAACUUCGUUCACAAGAUUCGCAUGUGCUUGAGUCAAAUGAUUCAGAAAUGAGUGUUAAACAACAACUGAGCAGUUUAAUGUAUGUCCGCAAGCUUUGUGUUACUACCUUAAGGCGCUUGAAGAAUGGUAGGGCAGAGGAAGCUGCACUUGCUUUGGAAGAACCAGAUAAUGAGUUUAUGGAAAUGUUACCCUCAGCUCAAAACAUGCCAAAGUUAACAUUAAAAGAAAUUUUGGAAGAUAACACUGCAUUGUCAUACUUUAUUGAAUUUAUGGCUACAUAUAAUGCUGAACAUUAUGUAUUUUUUCAUUUAACUAUUGAGGGCUUUCGUGCCACAGCCAUUCAACAGUUGUGUAUUCUUGCAGAAGAAACUACAAAAGCUCACAAUAAAAAACUUGCAGUGCCCUCGUCUGAAAACUUUGAACAACUUCGUCAAGCUGCUUUCAAUAUUUAUGAAGAAUAUCUUUCUCCAAAGGCCUCUCCAAGGAUUUUGCUUGAUGAUCAAUUAGUAAGAAAGAUCAUUAAAGAUAUUAAGAGCACAGAACCAAGUGGAGCUUAUUUUGAUAAUGCACAUAUGGCUGUUUACAAAAUACUCUCUAGUCAAAAAUACUAUGGAACAUUUUUAAACAGUACUGCUUAUGUCAAAUGUUUGGUUGAUUUGGAUCUUGUGAACAAAUCUGAGGAUGACCAGUCUUUGCAUAAUGCAGAUGACAGAUCACGUACUAUGUCUGUAGUGUCUAACGCAAGUAAUCAUUCUAGAAUAAUGCAUGAUGAACCACCCCUUAUGCAACCAUGGACUCCAGACAAUGAUUUGAGAAUUUCAGCUCUUAUAGGUCAAGCAAAUAUAAUGAAUAAUGGAAGCAAAUCAUAUGCUAUAUAUACCAUUCAUGUGUGUCGGACAACAAGUGAAGGCUCUCGAAACUGGACUGUCAUAAGGCGGUACUCAGACUUUCAUGAUUUUCACAUGCAGAUUAGAGAAAAGUACGAAUCGCUGCAUUGGCUUCAGUUGCCUGUUAAAAAAAAGUUUGGUAAUAUGGACCAAGAUUUCAUUGAUAAAAGAAAAUACGCUCUUGAAAAUUAUUUGCAGCCAUUGCUUGAUACAACUUUACUUGCUGAAAAUCCAGGUUUGUUUGAGUUGGUUGUUGGUUUCCUGGAGCAAGGAGAAUAUUAUCCUGGAAAGUCAGCAAUGGCCAGAAAGAUUGAUCACAUUAUCAAUCCACUCCAAAACUCAAUUUCCAGUGUCUCCAAGUCUGUCAAAUCAAAAGCUGAUUUCUGGAUUAAAAAAAAUAACUCAGUUACGAAUUUAGACAGAGAUACAAACAUAGGAAAGUUGUCAGAUGCAUUAGAUAGUGAGGUUGUUGAUAACAUUCCUUUAAGAAUUUUAUUGUUGUUGAUGGACGAAGUAUUUGAUUUGAAGGAAAGAAACCAGUGGCUACGAAGGCGCAUUGUGUCAAUUUUGAGGGAGAUAAUUAAAGCCACUUUUGGUGAUCGAAUAAAUAGAAAAAUUGUUGAUUGGCUUGAUUUUGCUACCAACUCGCCACAAAUUGCUGAAUAUUUGAAACAAUUUAGGGAUGCUUACUGGCCAGGCGGCGUACUUGCCGAGGCUACGCCGGAAAGAGACAUAGAUACAAGAAGAAAAAUGAGAAUGGUAACAAAAGCUAAGAUGCUUGGUAGCAUACCAGAUGAGCUGCGUAGAUUUUUGGGAUCUGAAGCAGUUCGUGAAGGUACCAGCAGAGUGUUCGAAAUGUUUCAACAUAGCAAUUUAAAUAAACGUUUGUUUUACGUCUGCUUUGAAGCUUUGGUUGAAGAGAUAUUUGCUGAUAACAAGUUCGGUGAAAUCUUCAAAAGAAUUCAUAAAAAGAAAACAACCGAAUAAGUUCGGUGAAAUCUUUAAAGAUUUGUAUUAAAAAAAAAACAACUGAACAAGUAAAACUUUAUAUAUGGAUUCUUAGGGCUAAAUCAUGUUGACGUUUUAAAAAAUUAUUUAUUUUUUCAA